CUUCACAUCCUCCUUCCUUGAUCUUAACACACCUGCAAACUUCGAAGAUCCCAGCAAAUAACACCUCUGAGCUCAAUUGACUACCGUCGACACCAUGGAUGUAAGGCGUCCGGGGUUAAGAAGUGGCAGCGGGGGCAGGAGAAGGACAGCUGACGUCGUGUGCAGGUCUACUACUUCUACAGCUAUGGAACGGCGGCAUGGAUGGCAAUGCAAGCGGCGCCCUUGAUCGCGUCGCCGACCAUGAUCGUAGCCCUCCUCUCUCCCGAAGUCCGAGAAGCAUCGACCCUCGAAGUCUACUUCUCCCGCUUGCUCGGCUUCGCCCUCCUUACGAUCGGCUGUAUGAAUGUGCUCCUCACCGGCUCCGUCCCACUCUCCAGCCGCCUAUCCGAAGGAGCAACAACAUCCGCUUCAGACCCCAAAGCGCCGUACGCACUCCCCACCCUGACAAUUACGGCCUUCUUUCACGCCGCCUGCGGCUUCUACCAAUACGGCCUAUGGACUGAAAUAGGCAUUGUGUCGUUCGGGCUCGGCACCAUCGGAAGCGGAUUUCUGUGCGCCGUCGCGCUGUGGUGCAUCUUGUUUGCCAGCAGCGAUGGCAGGAUUAGCCGGAAGACUGGGGCAGAUAAGCGGACGAGUGGGUUUCCAUUCAAGAAUACAGAGGCGGAUAAGAGGAAGGGUAGAUAAAGUACUGGACCUAGUGAAGAGGUUUCCUUCCCUGGGGCAUGACAUGGUCUGGCUGUGGUUAGCAAAGAGCACUCGACACAUCAAGCAGGACGCAUGGGGCCACAGCAAGGCGUUUGGCGGAACAUUAAAACGGAAUGGAGUUUGGCUGAUCCUGUACACUACCAAACCUUGGAUUGCAAUGGUAUCCAUAAGUCUUUGAUGAUAAAAGCGAUAUAAGGCGCAAAUGGCAAAGAGAAUGUGCCAUUUGAUUGCUGAUCGGCAGCCUUUAGGCGGUCGAAGUCGGGAUUGCGGUGUCCCUAGAGCGCGCCCGCGUCCAGAGUCACCACGUGCUAGUAAAU